CAGAUCGCGUGUUAAUGGAGUCUUGUCCUACACACGUCAAUGUGACUGCUGUGGGUAAACAAGACAACAUACUGAUAGCGAAGGAAAAGGUUGAAGCAGAUAAAGAUCAGAAGAAAGUCAAACGUGCAUCAGAACAACAAUCAAAAAAUCAGGAUAAGCCAGCGGUGCUCCAAGAACAAGCGGACAAACGGAGCGAUGACAAGAAAUCAGAGCAGGCUGUGCAGAACCUAAAAGCUGAAGCUGUUAACGUGACAGGGACAUUCAAUCUAAGCAGUCACCACCAUUUGACUUUAGAUUUGGAAAAAAACGGCAGCCCCUACAGCUUCAGUUUCCGCAUGGUGUUUGGCUCAUAUGCGGAGGGCCUGUACAGCUUGAAGUUCCACUACUGUCGAAACAGGGAUCCGGGAUAUAACGAGCCCUACUCAUUUGCAGUGGAAGUGACGGAGAAGAAUCCCGAUGGCUACCUCUCUGCAGCGGAAAUCCCUCUGCCUCGCCUUUAUCUUUAUAUGGCUGGAGUUUUCUUCAUUGCUGCUCUGGUCUGGGUGUACAAUCUCAUCAAGCACAGUUACAGUGUGUUCAAGAUCCACUGGCUGAUGGCAGCGCUAGCCUUCACAAAGUCCACGUCACUGGUUUUCCACAGUAUCAACUAUCACUUCAUCAAAACUGAGGGGCAUCCUAUUGAGGGCUGGGCCGUCAUGUAUUAUAUAACACACCUGCUAAAGGGGGCGCUCCUGUUCAUCACACUGGCGCUGAUUGGUACCGGCUGGGCUUUCGUGAAAUACAUCCUGUCCGACAAGGAGAAGAAGAUCUUCAUGAUCGUCAUUCCUCUGCAGGUCCUGGCUAACGUCGCCUACAUCAUCAUUGAGUCUACAGAGGAGGGCUCCAGUGAGUACUACGUGUGGAAGGAGAUCCUCUUUCUGUUGGACCUUAUCUGCUGUGGAGCCAUCCUUUUCCCUGUUGUGUGGUCACUCCGUCACCUACAAGAGGCUUCUAGCACCAGUGGCAAAGCUGCCAUGUAUUUGGAGAAGCUCAAGCUCUUCCGCCAUUAUUAUGUGAUGAUCGUGUGUUACAUCUACUUUACAAGGAUCAUAGCCAUUCUGCUCAAGAUCACUAUGCCUUUCCAGUGGCAGUGGUGCUAUGAGUUUCUGGUGGAGGUGUCGACUCUCAUCUUCUUUGUGUUGACGGGCUACAAGUUUCGCCCAGCAUCCAAUAACCCCUAUCUCCAGCUUCCCCAGGACGACGUCGAGAAUGAUGAAGUAGUGACUGAGUCAGGCGCACUCGAGGGCAUUUCCAAAAACAAGAAGACGUCCAACGGACGCGAUCGCUAGAAAGAGUCCACCUUGUAGGGAAGGAAGCUGCAUCUUUGGGAGUGGCCAACUAAACAUCCCCAGGCCAGCUGACAGAAAGGGGUACACACACACACACGGACCAAGGCUCCCCUCUUCCAGUGACAGCUCUCCUAUUGAAACUCUUUACAUGGUUGCAGUGGUUGCGCCCACUGUCUGGCUAUGCAACAAAAAAAACGGACUAAUACAGUACCGUAUGUUUUUUGUUUUUUUUUUCUUCUCCUCUUACAUGUAUGAUUUGUAUAUUGAAAUAUAUGGUUAUAGUUGUAUAUUUCAAUAUAGAUUGACUUAUUACUAGAGAUGGCACGAUACCACUUUUUAAUGUCCGAUACCGAUUCUGAUAUCAUAACUUUGGAUAUCUGCCGAUACCGAUAUGAAUCCGAUAUAGCGUAUUUUGUAAUCAAUAAAACUGUUUUUUAUAAAUAUCUUGCUGCAUUUUGUAUAAGUUCAUACUCAAGUUUUAAAAAACAAGAGACUGAAGCUAUUCUGUUAUACCUGUAUGCAAAAAAUACACUCCACCCAAAACAUUUUAUAGUUCAGCAACACUGAUCAAUCUAAUAAAUUUAAACCUACACCAUCCUCCCUAUUUUGGUAUUUUAAAGAGUGCUUAGUGGAAAUAUUAAGCAACCUAACUAAUAGGGUUGCCAACUCCCAGCAAAAAUAUUAGGGAACCACCCCCCGCCCUUAAUCGAUGUAAUCAACUUUAAUUUAAUGCAAGUGUAAAACAAAUGCACAGAAAUCAAUUAUUUUUCUACAAUAUUUAAAUAGAUUCAACAUCUUUCUUCAACAGAAUUGCAGACUGCACAGAUGGUACCUUCCCAAAGGGAAAAAGUACUAUAGCUUACUAGGGUGUAUAUUAGACUUAAUAGUUACUAUAUACAAUAAUGGAUUUCUAUACAUUUAAUCAGAUGACCACUUUUGUUGUAAGAUUCAGAUAAUUAUUUAUUCAAAGUUUUUAAAUGACAUAACAAAGAAAAAUAUUUCUUUGUGCCCCCCUUUCCCUGUUAAUGCCCUACCUGGCCCCCUGGCAAAACUUUGCUAGACCCGCCUCUGCACAGUUACCAGCCGUCAGCUACAUAGAAAAGGAUCCUGUUGUUAUUUGUCUCUCAGAAACAGUUCAUAACUUCCCUUCAACUCAUUCAUGUCACCUAAAAGGUAAACCUGUUUCUCCAUCACCUGUUCAGCUCUGAUGAUUCAGUAAGGACAUCUCCUGGUUUCAUCUUCAUGUUUCCCUCUCACCACAUAUCCAACCAGCUACUUUUACAGCCGUGGCUCCAGCAAACAUCAGCUGAUACUAGAAAGUAAUAUUAAAUACAUUCUAACAACAGCUGAUCAAGCUUAAACAUGCUGCUGUUGUUUAUCCGCUGGUUUCCUCUUUCUAGCGCAAAGUGGGCGAUAAACAAACAAGAAAGACGGGACUUGCGGCAGAAAAGCCGAUCAGCUGAUCAUUGAUCAGUUUCAUGUUUGAAGUAAUAAUAGGAGAGGAAGGGGGAGUGAAUGAGAGAAGUAAAUGUAACUGCGCAGCAAAAACACAGAAUAACUCCAGCUUUGUGUCUAUUUUUUAAUUCUAGCUGAAGUACGGGACAAAUCGCUUCCUUUUCACCUCAGUAUGGAACUCCGAUGGCCAGUCCAGCUGUGGCUCAAUAUAUCAGUUGUUAAGCUUAACGUGGAAAUACUAUGCAAACAUUCAGGGAUGAACUUACACACUUGCUUUACUUCUCUGGGAUAGUUUUCGCCGAGAUGAAAUGCUGCAGUUAGGAAGCAUGUAGAGAGGCUCCAGAUGCUCCAACAGGCCGCCGACAGGUCUCGCAGACAACAGCCGACAUAUUUUAUUACUCUCUGAUAUCCGAUCCAGUAAUUUAGGUCAGUAUUGGACCGAUACCGAUACGUAGUAUCGGAUCGGUCCAUCUGUACUUAUUACAUAUUGAAAUGUUAUAUUUCAGUAUUAUUGUUGAUGUUGGAGACUUAAGCGUUCCUCCCAGCCCGUCACUCGGACUGCUGUUGUAAUUUAGUGCUUUAGUGGUUUGAGGACAACUCCCAUACACCUCUGUGAAUACAGCCAAUAUGGUGACAUGUGAAGAUGUAGGCAGAUGAACAGGUUUUUUUCUCUAAAAUAGGCAGAGAAGUUUGCCCUCUGCAUUUUCAAUGACGGCCUUGUUCUUUAACAACCCCUCCCCCCCAUCUCUCGUUUGGCAUUGCUGUGCCAACUGGGCAGAGAAGUGACCUAACUGAUCAUUUUUGAAUUUGUCUGCUUUUGGUUUUACCUUUUUGCUCUUGAUGUGAAGCUUAUUUUAUGAAUUAUUGGUUUGAUAUUAGGUUUUGAAAAGAUCAGCAAUGUGUGUGCAGCCAAACCGGGUCGAUGGCCAUUUGUAAAUAAGACCGCUGACACAAAAGGAGGCACAUAACACUUUGCUGAGCAGUGCAGAGAGGCUUUAUGGAGGGCUUUAGACAGUUCAGGUUCAAUCAGAUUUUUUUUUUCUUUUUUUGGAUAGACAAACGGGUGUGGCGAUGAGGAAAGACUACUGAGAUUUUACACCAAUCACUCCGGUGCAGGGAUGACCCCAGUACCUUGGAGGGAAGGAUUUAGCAGUGGGUGAAGUUCACUUUAGUUUCAGUGAAAACAUUUUUUUAAUUGUUACAGAGGGCUGUUUGGUGUCUGUAUCAGCUGUCACAAUAAAGUUCUGCAAAGUUCUCAGAUUA